GUGUGACAGCUGUCUAUCAGUUCGGUUUCUCAGGAGGGAGGCUAUUUGGAAAAAAGUCCCGAUCUAGAAGAGUUUGUACCUUAGAUUAGACCAUCAGACCGUCAUAAUGGCUCAGAUGUUACCCAUCAAGUUUCAAGAGCAUCUACAGCUCACAAGUAUAAGGAUCAAUGCUGCCAACAUCGGAUUCAGCACUCUCACCAUGGAGUCGGACAAAUUCAUCUGUGUCCGAGAGAAGGUGGGAGAAACAGCACAGGUGGUCAUCAUUAACUUGCAUGAUCCAACAAACCCCAUCAGAAGGCCAUUCACUGCAGAUUCAGCCAUCAUGAAUCCAGCCUGCAAAGUGAUUGCUCUAAAGGCUGGAAGAACCCUCCAGAUUUUCUGUAUUGGAACUGAGUCAAUGAUGAGGUUUCACACCAUGACGGAAGAUGUGGUGUUUUGGAAAUGGAUUUCUGUAAAUACCAUUGUCUUAGUCACCGAGGGUGCCGUCUACCAUUGGUCCAUGGAGUGGCUUUCUCUUCCGCUGAAAAUGUUUGACCGCCACUCCAGUUUGACAGGCUGUCAAAUUAUCAACUAUAGAACGGACGCCAAGCAAACGUGGCUACUUCUUAUUGGCCAAUCCACCCACCAAAAUCGCGUCGUUGGAGCAAUGCAACUUUACUCUGUCGAAAGAAAAGUCAGCGAACCUAUCGAAGGUCACGCUGCUGCCUUCUCACAGUUCAAAAUGGAGGGAAAUCCUGAACUUUCUACCCUGUUUUGCUACGCAGUCAGAAGUGCUCAGGGCGGAAAGUUGCAUAUCAGUGAAGUAGGAACGCCGCCAACCGGAAAUCAGCCUUUUGCGAAGAAAAAUGUCGAUGUUUUCUUCCCACCCGAAGCCCAGAACGACUUUCCCGUAGCUAUGCAGGUCAGCCCGAAACACGACGUACUGUAUUUGAUUACAAAGUAUGGCUACAUUCAUUUGUAUUACAUGGAGACUGAUAUCUACAUGAACCGAAUUUCGGCAGAAACUGUAUUCGUCACCGCCCCACACGAGCCCUCUUCGGGUAUCAUUUGGGUCAAUCGCAAAGGCCAAGUUUUAUCUGUCAGCGUUGACGAGGAUACCAUCAUCCAAUACAUCACGACAGCCAUGCAAAAUCCGGAUCUUGCGUUGCGGAUUGCUACGCGCAACAAUCUUGCUGGGGCUGAGGAACUUUUUGUCCGAAAAUUCAACACACUCUUCCAGGGUGAGCAGUAUGCCGAGGCCGCUAAAGUUGCCGCCAAUGCACCGAAGGCCAUUCUGAGAACACCAGCCACAAUCCAGCGCUUCCAAGCAGUGGCCGCUCAGCCAGGCCAAACUUUCCCGCUAUUGCAUUAUUUUGAAAUCUUGUUGGAUCAGGGACAGUUAAACAAAUUUGAGUCCUUGGAACUAUGUCGUCCCGUUCUGCAGCAAGGUCGCAAGCAGCUGCUAGAAAAGUGGUUGAAAGAGGAUAAACUUGAAUGCUCUGAAGAGCUCGGUGACUUGUUGGAACAGGCCGGUCCUACUUUCGGUUCUCUGGCCCUAUCGGUUUACUUGCGAGCGAACGUGCCUAACAAAGUUAUUCAGUGGUUUGCUGAAACUGGACAGUUCUCCAAAAUUGUUCUGUAUGCAAAGAUAGUGGGUUACACGCCCGAUUAUGUGUUCCUGCUACGUAGUGUCAUGCGCAUCAGUCCCGAUCAAGGAGCAAUGUUCGCUCAGAUGCUGGUGCAAGACGAUGAACCGUUAGCCGACAUUGCCCAAAUUGUUGACAUUUUCCUUGAGGAAAACAUGGUCCAACCGUGCACGGCGUUCCUUUUGGAUGCAUUGAAGAACAACCGUCCAGCCGAAGGGCCAUUACAGACCAGAUUGCUGGAGAUGAAUCUCCUUUCUGCUCCUCAGGUGGCCGACGCUAUUUUGGGUGAUCAAAUGUUUACCCACUAUGAAGCUCACGUUGCACAGCUAUGCGAAAAGGCCGGUCUUCUUCAAAGAGCUUUAGAGCAUUACACCGAUUUGUACGAUAUCAAGCGUGCUGUGGUCCACACUCACCUUCUAAACCCGGAAUGGUUGGUGAACUACUUCGGUUCAUUGUCUGUCGAGGAUUCUUUGGAGUGUCUUCGUGCUAUGCUGCAGGCUAACAUUCGUCAGAACCUCCAGAUUGGCGUUCAGAUCGCCACCAAGUACCACGAACAACUUUCAACGAAUUCGCUGAUCGAGUUGUUUGAAUCCUUCAAGAGCUUUGAGGGACUUUUCUACUUCUUGGGAUCUAUUGUGAACUUCAGCCAAGAUCCAGAAGUACAUUUCAAGUACAUUCAGGCCGCCUGCAAGACUGGACAGAUCAAAGAAGUGGAGCGAAUUUGUAGGGAGUCAAAUUGCUACAAUGCUGAAAGAGUCAAGAACUUCCUUAAGGAGGCAAAACUAACUGAUCAGUUGCCGUUAAUUAUCGUGUGCGAUCGUUUUGAUUUCGUCCAUGAUUUGGUGCUCUAUCUAUACCGAAAUAGCCUUCAAAAGUACAUUGAAAUCUAUGUGCAGAAGGUGAAUCCUUCUCGUUUGCCCGUAGUUAUCGGCGGUCUGCUAGACGUUGACUGCUCGGAAGAUGUCAUCAAGUCCCUAAUCUUGGUCGUGCGUGGCCAGUUCUCAACCGAUGAGCUUGUAGAAGAGGUAGAGAAGAGGAAUCGUCUUAAAUUGCUCUUGCCCUGGUUGGGGUCACGAAUCCAUGGUGGAUCGGUCGAACCUGCCACUCACAACGCCUUGGCUAAAAUUUAUAUCGACAGCAAUAAUAAUCCUGAGCGCUUCCUUAAGGAAAAUGGAUACUACGACAGUCGCGUCGUUGGAAAAUACUGUGAGAAGCGUGAUCCACACUUGGCUUGCGUUGCCUACGAACGUGGCCAAUGUGAUCGUGAGCUUAUUAAAGUUUGCAAUGAGAAUUCGCUCUUCAAGUCGGAGGCUUGUUACUUGGUUAGACGUCGCGAUCCCGAUCUUUGGGUGGAAGUGUUAAACGAAAGCAACCAAUUCAGACGUCAUCUCAUUGACCAAGUGGCCCAGACAGCCUUGUCAGAAACACAGGAUCCAGAAGACAUUUCCGUCACGGUCAAGGCCUUCAUGACGGCUGAUUUGCCCAACGAGUUGAUUGAGUUAUUGGAGAAAAUUGUUUUGGACAGCUCUGUGUUCAGCGAUCAUCGUAACUUGCAGAAUCUCCUCAUCUUGACAGCUAUCAAAGCCGAUCAUACUCGGGUUAUGGAAUACAUUACCCGUUUGGACAACUACGACGCGCCAGACAUCGCAAAUAUUGCCAUCUCCAACCAGCUCUACGAAGAGGCCUUUGCCAUCUUCAAGAAAUUUGAUGUCAAUGCUUCCGCUAUCCAAGUAUUGAUAGAAAACGUCAACAAUUUGGAUCGUGCUUACGAGUUUGCCGAACGCUGUAACGAACCAGCCGUAUGGUCACAGUUGGCCAAAGCGCAACUUCAGCAAGGUUUGGUCAAGGAGGCUAUUGAUUCGUUUAUUAAAGCCGAUGAUCCUUCGGCCUUUUUGGACCUGGUCUCGACUUCGCAUCGUACCGGCAGCUGGGAGGAUUUAGUUCGCUACCUGCAGAUGGCUCGCAAGAAGGCGCGUGAAUCGUUCAUUGAAUCUGAAUUGAUUUACGCCUAUGCCCGCACCAACCGGCUUGCUGACUUGGAAGAGUUUAUCGCCGGCCCGAAACAUGCCGACAUUCAACGAAUUGGUGACCGUUGCUAUGAUGACGGAAUGUAUGAGCCAGCUAAACUACUGUACAAUAAUGUUUCGAAUUUUGCUCGAUUGGCCAUUACUUUGGUACACUUGAAAGAGUUCCAGGGAGCUGUUGAUUCGUCCCGUAAAGCCAACAGCACACGUACAUGGAAGGAAGUCUGCUUUGAAUGCGUUGAUAACAAAGAAUUUCGUUUGGCACAGAUGUGCGGUCUUCACAUUGUUGUUCACGCCGAUGAAUUAGAAGAUUUGAUAAACUACUAUGAGGAUCGUGGAUAUUUUGAGGAGUUGAUCAAUUUGCUUGAAGCAGCUCUUGGAUUGGAACGCGCUCACAUGGGUAUGUUCACUGAAUUGGGUAUCCUCUACUCGAAGUACAAACCGGAGAAAAUGCGCGAGCAUCUCGAACUCUUCUGGUCAGGUGUCAACAUUCCUCAAGUUCUACGCGCUGCUGAACAGGAACAUUGGUGGGCUGAUUUAGUCUUCCUCUACGACAAAUACGAAGAAUACGAUAAUGCUGUCUUGACAGUGAUGCAACACCCAACUCAGCAAGACGUUAUUACCAAAGUGGCCAAUAUUGAACUCUACUACAAGUAAUUUUUAGUUUUUCCU